GUGAAGCUCUUGUCAGGCUGCGACUUCCGUUGUAUCCCCUUGUACCAUGACCAUCCGCUUGCGUCUGUGCUUACAACACGCCACAGAAGCCUCGGGAAUCUUAUGUUGACCUACUUUGUAAGGUCGAUUCCGGCCACAGUCGCAUAGAACGGGCGCGACUGAGUGUCCAAUACGGUGGACACUUCUCCAUAUGCACGAAGUCCCUACUCGUACCCUUGUCAUUGUCACGGUGUCCGACACAACCCGCCGUGCUCGACGCACCCUCACGUCACGUUCUAAACGCGGUGUCCUCGAUGCGGCGGUGCCCACGCCUCGCACAAUUGCGAUGUCGAUCUAUCCUGCCAUUUUCUUCACGCAUGCUCCGGACAUACCAAGUCGGACAGUCCCAACGCCCGCCACGUGCUUAGCUGCACUGGCACUCGAUCGUCCCGCUCUCGGAGAGGAUACCACCGUUGCCUCGACCGGGAGCGCUGAUCCCUGCUCGGCGAGUCUUACGAAUUCUCCGGUAAGCACCCACAUAUUGGAUAUGACACAUCUGAUGCGCCCGCAGCAUCAGUCGCGCGGACGUCCCGUCGCGAUGUCGCCACCCCAACCGCGCAGCACAGCUAGCCGCAUAGCAGGACCCCAGAACUGCCUUACCUCCGCGCAUAAGAAAGGGAGACGUGGGCGGAAAUGUCUCAUGCCCUUUGAGAGACUUCGGUGAGGACGACUUGGAUGAGUUGUGUUGCCUUGCCGUAAUCCCUGCAUGCUAUGUGCAGGGUAUUGCGGCGAGACUACACAACUCAGUACAUGCUCUGUACUCCUCUUCUACGGUCUUGCCUGCUUGAUCUCGUCUUACUAGGGUCAUGUACCAGUUGUACCGUCAUACGUAGAAUGUGCAAUUAUUGAUUGUUUAUCAAUGAA